UGAAGUGGGUUAAAAUUUACCCUCUGUUAGUGCUGACUUAGGACAAGAACAGGCAACUUGUAUCAGAAAGUACAAGUUCGCAGUCACAUCAGAUGGUAGGAUGGCAACAGGCUCUGAAUCCCUGGGAGAAACAAAAAUACUAUGAUAAAUCUAAUAAAAAAGAAAAGGUAGGUGAGUAACAGCUCAUAACCAACACAUAACCUUUGCAUUUUAUAAGCUAACGGUCCACAUCCUGUAAAACCUUUGUGCUGGGACUAUUUAUAACCAGAAUUCUCUCCCUCAAAAUAUUGUCGUCCAGGAGGGAAGAUCCUCAGCCAGAGGACUCUAAUUUCCAGCAGAGAUAGCAUUCCAUAUACUCUUCUGUCUUUGCUUUUAAGUGAUGCCCAAUCAAACAUCAGUCACUGAAUUUCUUCUCCUCGGAGUGACAGACAUCCAAGAACUGCAGCCUUUGCUCUUCGUGCUUUUCCUCGCAAUUUACUUGGUCAUUGUGGCUGGGAAUGGAGCCAUCCUGAUGGUUGUCAUCUCUGAGCCAAGACUCCAUUCUCCUAUGUAUUUCUUCCUGGGAAACCUGUCCUGUCUAGAUAUCUGCUACUCCACAGUGACACUGCCAAAGAUGCUGGGGAACUUCCUCUCCUCACACAAAGAAAUUUCUUUCUGGGGAUGCAUAAGCCAGCUUCAUUUCUUCCACUUCCUCGGCAGCACAGAGGCCAUGUUAUUGGCCGUGAUGGCUUUUGACCGCUUCGUGGCUAUCUGCAAACCACUUCGUUACACUCUUAUCAUGAAUCCUUGGGUCUGUACUCAAAUGGCUGUCACUGUCUGGAUCAUUGGUUUUUUCCAUGCCCUGAUGCACUCCAUAAUGACCUCUCGCUUACACUUCUGUGGUUCCAACCAUAUCCAUCACUUCUUCUGUGAUAUUAAGCCUUUGCUCAAGCUGGCCUGUGGGAACAUUGAGCUUAACCAGUGGCUGCUCAACACUGUCACGGGGACCAUUGCCAUGGGUCCAUUCUUUCUCACACUUCUCUCUUAUUUCUACAUUAUCAUCCAUCUUUUCUUCAAGACACAUUCUUGCAGCAUGCUUCAUAAAGCACUGUCCACUUGUGCCUCCCACUUCAUGGUAGUUGUUCUUCUCUAUGCUCCUGUUAUUUUCACUUAUAUUCAUCCUGCCUCAAGUAGCUCCAUGGACCAGGACUGGAUCAUUGCCAUUAUGUACAGUGUGGUCACUCCUGUACUAAACCCACUGAUCUAUACCUUGAGGAACAAAGAGGUAAAGGGGGCCUUGAAGAGGGUGUUCAGAAAUGGGCUUUAACUUUAAGAGAUCUAGAGAACCCUUCUGAGCAUAAAUAAACAGGUAAUAAAAUGUUGUGAUGUGAAAUUGCAUUGCUUCUCAAA